GGCCCCGGCCCCGCCGCCCUCCUCCAUCCAGCACCCCGCCCAAGCCCAAGUCAGUUGCGCGGUACGGUGCUCUCGUGGGGUGGGUGGGCAGGAGCAGCCAGCAGGCGGCCGGAGAGGAGGCAGGGAGGAACAAGUAUCCUCCGGCAGGCCGGCGGUUAGUUGGAGUUGGUUAUGGCCCCGAGGCGCCAGCGCGAGGCCUCCGCUCCUCGGCAGGCUGCGAACGCAGGUCGUAGGAAUCUGACGGGCGCCGCGGCCGCUCGUUUAGGUCCGAGGAAUCAUUCGGCCGCCGCCGCCGCGACCGGCCGACGACCGCACGCUAGGAAUCGGCGUUCGGUGGGCGACAUCGGCAACCACGGGGAGGCCAAUCGCCGCCACCGCCGCCUCAACAGGUACCUCAGCGCCCAGCCCAACGCUGCCGCGGCAGACGAGUUUUCGUCUCUGCAGAAUACCAUAGCUCCUGCAGAGACGGGCACCAUAUUAGAUGACCUCAUGAAGGCUGGGGAUGUAGCUGAAGCUGUAGCUAUGCUACGGAGGGAAGCCAAUCAGUUAAAGGAGAUACAUGAAGAAAUCAAUCGAGAUUUGCAAAGGCUAGCUGCCAAUGCUAACCGGCUUCAGAAUGAUAUAGAGGAGCUUCGAAGUGAGAAGGCUUGGGAAGAAGCUCAAGUCCAAAAGCUGAUGGAGGAGCUUGAGAGUGAGAAAGCCCAGAAAGAAGCUGAGGUCCAAAAGGUGAUGGAGGAGAAUGUGAGGCUAAGCGCAAUGCUUGACAAGAAGGAGGCACAGCUCCAGGCCAUGAGUGAGCAGUGCAAGUUCAUGGCGCUGAAUCACAACUAGCAGGCGAAGAGCCUGAGGCAGCUUUCCUCGCCCUAACGAUGCAGUGAUGAACCUUACAAAUUACUGUUACAUUCAAGGUUCAUAUGUAGGUGGAUAUUUUAAUAAAUUUGCCAUGGACAUUCUGGCACCAGUUUGGCAAAAGUCCAAAUUCAGAGGUGGGGCAGCAAAUUUUAGCUCGUCUAGCUAAACAGAAAUUUCACAUUA